AUGGAUAGCAGCCAGAGCACGACUAUUUCCAACGGCACCUCCCAACGUCGCAGGCUCACCAAGAAGCCGCCCUCGUCCUACCAGCAACACACCCGUUCCUCGAGCGGUCUCGAUGGUGGCAUCGACGCCCUCUCUCUCCAGAGCAAACGCAGCUCUACCUCGCUGAAGCGCGCUCCUUCCGCUCCACCAGCCCGGACGACCCCCUCAAACGCGCCAGCUGCUGCUUAUUCUUCUGCCUCUGCCUCUGCCUCUGCUUCUGCUUCUGGCUCGGCUCAGAGUUCUGGUAUUCCUCUACCCGGCCUUGCUUCUUCUGCCGCUUCCAACAGCUCCUCGCCCCGUCAUCUUCCAUCAAGUCAGACGCACCUUCCCAAUCCUUCCCCCAUUCUGCCUCAGGGCCAGUUCGCCGCCGGAGCUGCUUCUGCUGCUCCUUCCCCAACUGCCUACCACCACCCCCAGCUCCACGUUCAGGCCCAGACCUCCUCCUCCUCCUCCUCCUCCUCCACCUUCCACGCUUCUUCUGCUGCCGCUGGCGCUUCUGCUGCUGCUGCUCACGGCCACGCCCAAACCCACACCAACGCCUUUUCUCCUCACCACCAUCAGCUGCACUUCAAUCACCAAAACAAUUUCUACCAAAACAACAACACCAACAACAGUCCCGUAGGUAACGGUUUCGCCGUCGGCAUCGCCCACAGCACCGAUCGCCCGCUCGAUCCCGCCGCUCCCUCGCCCUUGUCGUCACAACCCCACGACGAAUUCAUCGGCGCUCCCUUUGACGGUGCUGCGGUUCUGAACCGCAUCGAGCAGACCAAGUCGCCUGUCGCCGGUCAGCCUCCUCACUUCAACACCCCCAACUACCACCGACAAAACGCUCCCGCCCCGCUCAUCAAGUCGGCGACCGAUUCGCGCAUCAAGGGCCCCGCCCUGAGACAGUCCCAGAGCUUCACGAACGAUUCCUCCAUGAUGAACGAAAAAUCACAAGGUGGACGGGUGACGGAGAACUCAAUGAUCAGCCCCAAGAGAUAUUCGGACGAGGCAAAGGAGCCCCGCAUGGGCGUCCUGCGCAAGAAGUCGGGCUUCUCUGGCUUCAUGAACAGCCUCGUCGGCACCCCAAAGAAGCCAGUCAUUUCGGCGCCUGAGAACCCCGUCCAUGUCACCCACGUCGGCUACGACAGCUCUACUGGCCAGUUCACCGGUCUCCCCAAAGAAUGGCAGAGAUUGAUCAACGAGAGUGGAAUUCCCGAGAAGGAACGCAGGGAGAACCCCCAGACCAUGGUUGACAUCAUCACAUUCUACAAGGAAACGACCGAGAAGCCAGCCGAGGAUCAAGUUUUGGAGAAAUUCCACGAUGCUAGAGCGCCUGACUACCGUCAGUAUGCAAACGCGAACUCGCCGUCGGGUGCCAUGUCGCCGGGCAUGUAUCCGCCAACCACUUAUAUGGGUAUGUCACCAAUGAUCAGUCCACCUGCGAGCCCUAGGUUUCCAACUGUCAAUCAUGAAGGAUCUUUCGAAAACCCCCGCCAGCCGCCGCCCGUCCCUGGAGUUUCGGGAGGCAAAGGCUCCGGCAAGGACAUCAACCUGAUGCCCAGCCGCCCGGCCCCGAAGCCCCCCGUCAGCAUGCCCUCGUCGAUGAGGACCGCCCCCUCCAACUAUCCCGGCAAGGACUCCGGCAUUGGAAUGUCUCAGCCCGCCGAGGACCUGCCCCCGGUCGCCUAUCAGCCGCCCAAGGAGAGCAACGUUCCCAUGCUACCCGAAGAGCAUCGUGGAGAGCACCGAUCCCGAUCCCGAUCCAACUCGCGUGCCGGCGCCCCCGCCGCCUACGUGCCCCCCACGCCUAACCCGCAGACUGCCCAGGCGAACGUUUACCAGCAGCAACUCAUGCAGCAACAGCAAGAACAGGCCCUAGCCCAGGCCCAAGCGGCCAUGUCUGGUCAGAUUAGCCGUGCCCCGAGCAAGAGACAGCCCGGCCAGCAGCCGACUCCGCCCCAGUCGCAGCACCAGUACGCUCAGGGUCCCACGGCAAACGGUGGUCCCGGCCAGCGACAGCAGGUUGGUGUGCCUGGCGCACCUGGUUCCCGACCCAGGCACCGACCCCGCCAGAGCACCGGUAUCGAUGUUGUCGCUGCACUGAAGCGCAUCUGCUCCGACGGCGAUCCUCGCGAAGUCUACAAGAAUUUUAACAAGAUUGGACAAGGCGCGUCAGGCGGUGUGUACACCGGCUACGAGCGAGGAACCAACCGUCUGGUCGCUAUCAAGCAGAUGAAUCUCGAACAGCAACCCAAGAAGGAUCUCAUCAUCAACGAAAUCCUUGUCAUGAAGGACAGCUCGCAUCCUAAUAUUGUCAACUUCAUUGACAGCUUCCUCUGCGGAGGUGAGCUCUGGGUUGUGAUGGAGUUCAUGGAGGGCGGCAGCCUUACUGACGUUGUCACCUUCAACAUCAUGACCGAGGGACAAAUUGCCUCCGUUUGCAGAGAAACACUUAAGGGCUUGCAGCAUCUGCACUCGAAGGGAGUCAUCCAUCGCGAUAUCAAGUCUGACAACAUUCUCUUGUCAAUGGAAGGCAACAUCAAGCUGACCGAUUUCGGUUUCUGCGCAACCAUCAACGAGGCCCAAAAUAAGCGUACCACUAUGGUUGGCACGCCUUACUGGAUGGCCCCUGAAGUUGUCACGCGUAAGGAGUACGGGCGCAAGGUGGACAUCUGGUCUCUGGGCAUCAUGGCCAUCGAGAUGAUUGAGGGCGAGCCGCCAUACCUGACAGAAUCACCUCUCAGAGCGCUGUGGCUGAUUGCUACCAACGGCACACCCCACAUCAAGGAGGAGUCCAACUUGUCAGCAGUCUUCCGAGACUUCCUGUACUUUGCCCUCAAAGUCGACCCUGAGAAGAGAGCCAGCGCGCAUGACCUCCUUAGACACGAGUUCAUGAAGGGCUGCGUUGACCUUUCUCAAUUAUCGCCAUUGGUGCGUGCCGCGAGAGAAGCUCGGCUUGCUGAAAAGGCUAGAAAGGGACAGUAG